CCAUAAGGUCCGAAACUGAGGGGUGAAGUUUUCUGCUCGCACGCCUGUUGUUGGUAGCCAAACUGAGUGUGAGAUCGCCGAUGAUGGAGAAAGGAAAAGAGCCCACCGCACCCAACGAGGAAGCCAAAGUUGGUGAGAUUGAGGAGAAUGAGGAACCUUUAGAAAUUGUCCUCUUUCAAGUUUCUGAAUGUUAUGUUUAUUUGAUACCUCCAAGGAAAACUGCAGGCUCGUACAGGGCUGAUGAAUGGAAUGUCAAUAAAUGGGCAUGGGAGGGAAUUUUGAAAGUCAUUAACAAGGGAGAAGAGUGCAUUAUCAGGCUUGAAGACAAGAAUACAGGUGAAUUGUAUGCUCGAGCAUUUCUGAGAAAUGGAGAACCACAUCCAGUGGAAUCUGUAGUUGAUAGCAGUAGAUAUUUUGUUCUUCGAAUUGAGGAGAAUAUUGGUGGUCGCCAACGGCAUGCUUUCAUUGGCAUUGGAUUUCGAGAAAGAACAGAGGCUUAUGAUUUCCAAGCAGCCCUGCAUGACCAUAUAAAAUACUUGAACAAAAAGAAAACUGCGGAAGAGAUGGAGCAGCAAUUCCAGAGCACUUCCUCGGUUGAUUACAGUUUAAAGGAGGGGGAGACCAUUGUACUUCAAUUAAAGAACACUCAGAGAGGCAGUUCCACUGUGAAAUCAAAAGCUUCGGAGCUUGGCAUCGACAAGCUGUCUUUGGCAGACAAAGGUAACCAGAAAGAUCCCAUGCUUAGCAUCAUGCUACCACCACCACCACCACCUGGACCACUUUCACCUGUAGGUAGCACUCCUAAAUCAUCCCGACCGCCUCCACCAUCACCACUUUCACCUGUAGAUACAACAGGGGAUUCUCCGACAAGCUCACCCUCAAAACUCCAAUUAGAGGGUACUUCAGAAAAGAAGGCUCCGAUAUCCUCAGAGGAACAUACAGACGAACAACACCAGGGUGAAGGUCAGAGCACAGAAGACGUAGAGGAUGAUGAUUUUGGGGAUUUUCAAGCUGCGGGGUAGAGGCUUUGCAAUAAGACUGUCCAUGUUUGUAGUUGAAUGCACAAAUUGGUUUGUUUGUUUGUUUGUAUUUUAUGGGUUUGGAUACUCUGAUGAUGGGAAUUAGGUGUUGCUGUUAAAUUUACCAUUACUCGGGUAAUUUACUUGGUUAAAUACACCAAUUACUUGGGACAUACUCAACAAGAGAAUUCUGUCCUUUUCUUUUUUCA